UCGCUGGAAGCGAUAGGCUACAGGGUAGCGACUGCUGAAACAGCAGUGGUUCGAGUUUUGUCGCUGGAAGCGAUAGGCUACACAGUAGCGGCUGUGACAGCGGAUAAUCGUCACUGGAUGUGAUAAGCUACGAUUAAGUAGCGGCUGUACAGUGGGUGAGGGUAAAAAAAAAGUUACCAGGUAGCUGACGACGGGCUAUAGACUGCAAUUAAACCAAGUACCUGCUUGGAUCAGACAGAUCGAUUAUGGAAAAGUGGGAGAUACAGCCCUUCAAGUUCAAGACUUUCCCUCGUAACACUGUUCGUAAUGAGUGGGUUAAGUUUAAACGAAACUUUGAGUAUAUAGUUGCGGCAUCGGGGGAGACCGAUAAAACACGCAUCAAGAAUCUUUUCCUAGCUAGAGCUGGGCCGGACCUUCAGGAGGUGUUUACUUCAAUUCCCGGCGCGGAUGUGACUGCAGAUAAGGAGAAGAAUAUAGAUCCGUACGCUGUCGCUAUACAGAAGCUAGACGCUUACUUUUCACCUAAGCAGCACGAAACGUUCGAACGGAACGUUUUCUGGACGCUUAAACCGAAUCAUGAAGAGCCAUUGGAGAAAUUCAUGUUGCGUUGCCAGGAUCAGGCCAGUAAGUGCAAUUUCGGAAGUACUGCGCAGGAGAGCAGGGCAAUAAGUGUUAUUGAUAAGGUCAUCUUAUUUGCCCCGAGCGAUUUGAAAGAGCAGCUUUUGCAAAAGGAUUCUCUCAACAUAGAUGAAGUCGCGAAAAUCGUUAGUUCGUACGAAUCUGUGAAACACCAGGCACAGCUGAUGAAUCUUCCAUUAACUGGGUUUUCGGAGUCUUUUGAUAUCAAUGCUGGCGAAAGAAAUAACGUCAACAAAAUUCGAAACAUCCCGAUCAGAGAAUGCAUGAGAUGCGGAAAAAGGGAUCAUUUUGCCAAUGAUCCGAACUGUCCUGCACGUGGUAGAGAGUGCAUAAAGUGCAAACGGAUUGGUCAUUUUGCAGCACGAUGUCGAACCCCUGCAGGAAAACGAAAGUAUGCUGAAGAACCUAGACCCGGCCCUAGCAAAGGAUUCAAGCGACAACGCAUACAUGAGAUCGAAACCGAAGAGGAAAGGAAAGAUCGGAGUUUCAUAUUUAGCAUAAACGAUGGAGGAGAAUUUCUGUGGCUUAAGCUUGGGGGAGUGACGUUGCAACUAUUGAUUGACUCUGGCUGUAAGAAGAAUAUUAUCAAUGAAAAGGCCUGGGUGUACAUGAAGAACAAUGGAGCAAAGGUUUGGAACCAGGAGAAGCACUGCACCGAAGUUUUUCUACCAUAUGGCAAGGAAGCAAAACCGUUGUCCGUUCUUGGCAAAUUUGACGCAAAUAUCUCCGUAGACGAUGGAGGAAAAACCAUCGAACAGGUUGCGACAUUCUACGUUGUGGUUGGAGGUCAGCAAUGCUUACUGGGUCGUGCCACAGCCAUGAGUCUGGGUGUUUUGGUGAUUGGAUUACCGAGUACACACGGAGUUAGUAUGGUUGAGUACACACAAAAACACCCGUUUCCCAAGAUAAAAGGCGUUCAAGUUGAGAUUCCUAUUGAUAAGUCUGUCGUUCCGGUGUGUCAACAUCCUCACCGUCCUCCUAUUGCUCUUUUAUCAAAAAUUGAAGAGAAACUGACGUCUUUGCUUAUUAGUGAUAUUAUCGAACCUGUUCAAGGUGGAUGUCAGUGGGUUUCACCUUUGGUAACUGUGGUUAAAGAUAAUGGGGAUCUUCGGCUAUGUGUCGAUAUGCGACGAGCGAACGUUGCGAUCUUGCGUGAGCGCCAUAUCAUGCCAACAAUUGAGGACUUUUUGCCACGGUUCACGUCAGCAAGAUAUUUUAGCCGGUUAGAUAUCAAGGAGGCUUUCCAUCAAGUGGAGUUGAAGGAAAAGAGUCGUUACAUAACAACCUUCAUAACCCACAUGGGUCUUUUCCGAUACAAGCGGCUGAUGUACGGAAUUGUUAUUGCUCCAGAAAUAUUCCAACGAAUCAUGGAACAAAUUUUGAGCAGCUCACCGAGGAAGAGCACGAUGUGGAACUAA